GAAGAGGCGGCCUCUUCAAUAUGGCGGGGCCUUUGUCUCCUAGCUCCCGGGCUCUGAGCCCAGUUCCCGUCUCCACUGUUCCAUCUCCUCCGCUCCUGGAGCUCCUCGGUGACUCUACCAUAGCGUCUGUUAUCCCGUGAUCUGCAGGUACUGGGAGGUCCAUAGGGAGGACGGCGGAACAUCCGGAGGCUGGGAAAUGGGAGUGUUGACAUUCAGGGAUGUGGCCAUAGAAUUCUCCCCAGAAGAGUGGGAAUGCCUGGACUCUGCUCAGCAGUGUUUGUAUAGGGAUGUGAUGUUAGAGAACUACAGAAACCUGGUCUCCUUGGGUCUUGCUAUCUUUAAGCCAGACUUGAUGACCUGUCUGGAGCAAAGAAAAGAGCCCUGGAAAGUGAAGAGACAGGAGGCAGUAGUCAAACAUCCAGCUGGCUCUUUUCAUUUUACUGCAGAGAUAUUGCCGGAGCAUGACAUAAAAGAUUCAUUUCAAAAAGUGAUUCUGAGAAAAUAUGGAAGCUGUGACCUUAAUAAUUUACAUUUAAAGAAAGACAACCAAAGUGUGGGUAAUUGCAAGGGGCAGAAAAGCAGUUAUAAUGGCCUUCAUCAAUGUUUUUCAACUACCCAUAGCAAAACCUGUCAUUGUAAUAAAUUUGGCAGCGAUUGCCAGUUGUGCUCAAUCUUCACUGAAAAUAAGGAAAUUUUUAGCAGAGAGAAAUGCUACAAGUGUGAAGAAUGUGGCAAAGACUGUAGGUUGUUCUCAGAUUUUUCUAGACAUAAGAAAGUUCAUACUGCAGAGAGAUGCUACAAAUGUGAAGAAUGUGGCAAACCCUUUAAAAAGUUUUCAAACCUUACUGAACAUAAGAGAGUUCAUACUGGAGAGAAACCUUACAAAUGUGAAGGAUGUGGCAAAACCUUUACCUGCUCCUCAACCCUUGUUAAACACAAGAGAAAUCAUACUGGAGACAGACCCUACAAAUGUGAAGAAUGUGGCAAAGCCUUUAAGUGCUUCUCAGACCUUACUAAUCAUAAGAGAAUUCAUACUGGAGAGAAACCCUACAAAUGUGAAGAAUGUAACAAAGCCUAUAGGUGGUUCUCAGACCUUGCUAAACAUAAGAUAAUUCAUACUGGAGAGAAACCCUACAAAUGUAAUGAAUGUGGAAAAGCUUUUAAGUGGUUCUCGGCCCUUAGUAAACAUAAGAGAAUUCAUACUGGAGAGAAACCCUACAUCUGUGAAGAAUGUGGCAAAGCCUUUACCCGCUCCUCCACCCUUUUUAACCACAAGAGAAUUCAUAUGGAAGAGAGACCUUAUAAAUGUGAAGAAUGUGGCAAGACCUUCAAGUGCUUCUCAGACCUGACUAAUCAUAAGAGAAUUCACACUGGAGAAAAACCCUACAAAUGUGAAGAAUGUGGCAAAGCAUCGAGCUGGUUCUCACACCUCAUCAGACAUAAGAGAAUUCAUACUAGAGAGAAGCUCCACAAGUGUUAAAAAUGUGGAAAAGCCUUUAACAAGUCCUCAUACCGUGUUCAACAUCAGAAAUUUAAUACUGAACAAAUGCAGUAUAAAUGUAAUAACGAUGGAAGAACAUUUAUCAUCUUAGAGGGUCUCUAAGAACUUUAUGUGUUGCUUAUGUGUUGAGUGCAUAUAUAGCCCUUUGCUAUUAUGUAAUGCCCUUCUUUUUUUUUUUUUUUUAAUCUAUGUUAAUUUCAAGUCUGUUUGUCAGAAACUAGGAUUGCAACCCCUGCUUUUCCUGUUUUCUAUUUGCUUGGUAGACUUUUCUUUUUCCCCUUAUUUUGAGCUUAUUUGAGAUGGCUGUCUCGAUUAAAGCAUACUGUUAGAUCUUGAUUCUUUAUUCAGCUUGCCAUCUGUGUUUUAAUUUGGUUAUUUAGCCCAUUUACGUUUAAGGUUAGUAUUCAUAUGUGUGGAUUUGAUUCUGUUAUUAGAAUCUUAGCUGGCUAUUUUGCACAUUUG